AUGGCCAAGAACAAACUGAAAGGGCGGAAGUCCAGGAAUGAAUUUCAUAUAGCCAGCCACAAAACUUUGAAGGCUAAAAACAAGGCAAAACCAGUUACUACUAAUCUUAAGAAGAUAAACAUUAUGAAUCCUGAAAAAGUCAACAGAAUGAACAGAGCUUUUGUAAAUAAACAGAAAGAACUAGUAAACUUUUCAAAAAGCCUUUCUCUUAAGUCUGUGCAGAAAGAACUGAAGCACCAUGAAAAUGAACCAGCUAACGCUGACGAAGUGACACGACUAAUGUCUCAGUUGUAA